UUGUAUAAUGUGAAAUAAAAUGUUCUUAUUGUCUAUAAAUGUAUGAAUGUGUGCAGCACACACUGCUGCCACUGCUACAACUCGUGUCUGACUUGUGUGUCGUUUCUUUCCCUCGCCCCCCUCCUCCUCCUCCACCCCUCCCCUUGCAGGACAAGUCGUCCCAGGCCCUCAGCCUGAGCAACGUGGCGGGGGUCUUCUACAUCCUGGUGGGAGGCCUGGGCCUGGCCAUGCUGGUGGCCCUCAUCGAGUUCUGCUACAAGUCGCGCAAUGAGGCCAAGAGAAUGAAGCUAACAUUUACAGAAGCCAUGAGGAACAAGGCCCGUCUGUCAAUCACGGGAAGCGUCGGGGAGAACGGGCGGGUGCUGACGCCCGACUGUCCCAAGGCCGUCCACGCCGGACCCCCCCUCCGCCAGAGCUCCGGCCUGGCCCUGGUCUCCUCCGAGCUCCCGUGAAAACCAAAAACCUCCCAAGUGCCUUAUUCUAAAAAAUAAAUAAAUAAAUAAAUCACACUACCCAUGAAAACACCAGACAACAAACCACAAAGAAACAGGAUUAACACACCAACCGGACUCCUCCAGGGGGUGAGACGGGACCGUGAGAGCGACCAACGUGAGAGCGACCAACGUGAGAGCGACCAACGUGAGCAGCGAUUUCCACAGUUUGGUGUCGAGACUCGCCGGCUGCUCUGACACACCAGAAGCAGAACAAUCUUGGUUUUCACUGUGCGGCCACACGGAGACACACAUUUGAAUCAGAGGGUCGUUCUAUGGCAACGCUGUGGCGGCGCCCACCUUUACCACUCCAGUGACAGAAGAGGAAGAGAGAGGAAGAGCAUUAUAAUAUCAGGAUAAAUGAUAAGACGAAGACCAGAAAACUGUAAACUUGAAACUCAAACUGUGCAUUUUUGGAUUGCUGUGAAUUGACAGACUGAAUCACAAUCAAGAUUGUUUUCAAACCGAACAGUAUUUGCUACACAGACAUGAGCAGCGUUCAAGAGAUAGGCAACAGUCUCACUGGAUAUCAAUAACUUGACAUUGGGAAAGUCGUACCCCGGUGCCAUAAGGGAAAUGAUGAAAAACAUUUGUAUUAAUAACGAAGUAAAAACCCAUUGAUAAUGAAUAUAUGAAGAAACAUAAGAAACUGUGAAGAUAAGUAAAUAUGUAUAUUCCAUGAAAACAAAAAGAAAGAAAAUUUGCUGUACAUAGGGAAGACUGUAUAACAUGCUUGCUUUUUAAACAGAUGUACAUAGCAGAUACAGUAGUGGACAGACAGUUCUUUUUUGUAAUCGUCUUUAAAGAUUUUAUUCAUCGCAAUAAUGGAAAAGAUUAUACCACUCCAGAGAGGGAGACGGAGGUGGAGGGCAGUGUUAAAAUAUGUAUGAUGUUCAAUACAUACUGUAAAAUAUUGGAAAAUUAAAGCUCUAAAUUGAGGGGGGCAUCAACUGGCCAAACAUUCUGGUACCUUGACACCAACAAAUUAAUAUAUUUAACAAUGAAUGUUAACUAGCUCCACCCCCAAUCCUUAAGCCACACCCCUCACUGUGCAGACGUAGACCCAGAAAGUUUCUCAUGACUAGAGCUUUAUAAAUCAAGUUUCUGCAGUUGAAAUAAAACUAUUUUUUUCAUUGUCUGUUCUAUUUUUUGUACUGGGGAAUUAAAAAGGAAACCUCCUCCUGGUUUUAAAUGUUGACUGUCAAGUCCUCGUGUCUGGGUAGAUCUCUUAGGCCAUAACGUGUGUGUGUGUGGGGACAUGAGGUGAAAUGAAAUGUGACGCUGGAAAAUGCCAUUUCUCUCGUGACGUGUCAUUCAAAGACCAUGGUCAGGACGCCACUGUGUCUGGUGUCCAGAGCCCUUCCUGCUGAAACACUGUGGAUCCUCAGAGGAGGACGGACACGCUGCAGCAGACGUGUUGUGUCCAGUCUCACUGGCUGUGGCGUCCUCGUCUCCUCGGGUAACGGAAGGACAAUCUCCAGGCCUCUGGGCUGCAGCAGCAUUCAGACGCCAUAUCAUCAGCAACACCAGCCAGUGGUAUUGCUGGUCUAAAUGGUUUUAUUUCUCCCCCACUGUCAUCUGCUCCACUCCCUUGAACACAGUGCGGUCGGACAGGGAGUGUGUUUUCUGCUCGGAGUGGAGAAACCAGCUGAAAUAUUCCAGGCCAUGCCUUUUUUGUCCUGCCAUAAGUCUUAAAAGCUCCAAUGAAAUAUGGCGUCUUAUUUUGGUUUCAAU